GUGAAGCCCCAAAGCUUCUAAAUUGUAGAAAAGCUCACUGAAAUGUAUAGAGUUUGGAUCUGGUUAAUUUCAAUGUGUGAUGUUUUUGCUUUGCAAGUUCUUUUAAUAAAAUUACAAUAAAAAUAAGUCGUUCUACUUACUGGCUGAUUUGUCAAGGACCUGUUCUUUGCAAGGACCUGUGUUCACAGGGAAAUACUAGGAAAAGCUAGAGCUGUCUUACCUAUAAAUGGUAAGGUCUACGAGCAGCAGCCAUAUAAAAAAAGAAAUGAGGUGUCCUCUUAGACCAAAGGAGUGAUUUCAUGCUGUGUCUUAGGCCCAAGAAGUAGAUAUUUUAAUUCUGAGCAGUUCCUUUUCCAUUUUCAGAACAGUUUCUUCUAGGGUUAUUUGGGUUUAAUUUUUCUUUUAUUGUUAGUAAUUAUGUGUAGGUUUGCACAUGUCAGUGCCAGUGCACUAGGAGGCACAAGAUGUCAGAUGAUCCUCAAGCAGUUGUAAUUUGCCUGCUCUGGGUGCGAGGAAUUGAACCUGACUCCUCUGGAAAAUAAAAGUAUGUUCUCCUCACCAUUGAGUUAUCUCUCCAGUGCCAUAAAAAGUUCCUUUUGGAUAUCAGAUAGAUAUGACAGACAGGAAUCCCCAUCUAGAUCUUGUGCAGGAAGUGUGGUCCUCAGUGUGAUGCAGAGAUUGAGUCAAAUGGGAAUUCUUUGGGAGCAUUGUCCUCUUAGGAAUGAUUGAUAUAAUUACCAUGGGACCCUAGGUAAUUCAAGAGGUUGAUAUGAAAAGAGUUAGCCUUUGGAUUGGAGAAUACCUGCCUGUUCUGCAACCUUUCAGUCAGAACCUCAGUCCAGACUAGGAAAUGGUGAUACUCGCAUUUACAUUGUCUUCUCACAUCAAUUAACUUAACCAAUCCCAGGCAUUGCCAGAGACUAACCUAAUCUAGAUAAACCCCUACAGCUAUACAUGGAGGCUUGUGUCCUCGGUGAUGCUGGCAUCUUGAAAAGCAAUAUUAAAAUCACUGAGCCAGUUGAAAUCCAGCACUGUGAGGGGGAAGUGGACACAGAAUUCCACCCCUAAUCAAGAAACUAUUUGGAAUUGAUACUUGCUGGCAACUAGAAAACCUUUUUUCUUCAAUUAAGGGUCACAAGGUAUAUCAGCCAUACUCCAGAGAAAGCCCCAUGUCCGGGUAUACCUGGGCAACACAAACAAGUGCUCUCUUAUUGUUGUUGCUUGUUGGUGGUGGUUUGGUUUGGUUUGGUUUGGUUAUUUUUUUUUUUUUGGUUCUUUUUUUCGGAGCUGAGGACCGAACCCAGGGCCUUGCGCUUCCUAGGCAAGCGCUCUACCACUGAGCUAAAUCCCUGGUUUGGUUAUUUUGGCUUGGGGGUUUGGGUUUCUUUUUUCUUUUUUUCUUUUCUCUCUUUUUUGUCUUAUUGGUCUUUUGCUUAUGUGCUUUGAUUUUUGUUUUUUUAUUUUGUUUGUUUUGUGUAUUUGUGGAAAGAAAGAAAUUAAACAAAGUUGGGAAGCAUGUGGAUCUAGGACAAGUUGGAGAAGAAAAAGGAAGAUGAUGAAAAUAUAUUGUAUGAAAAAAAUUAAUUGAAAUAAGAAUAGUAAAUUUUGUGUGUGCAUGUGUGUGUUUGUGUGUGCGUGUGUGUGUUAACAUCACACUAUGAAUUGGACAGUUUUAUGUCUGCUUGACACAAGCUAAAGUCAUCUGAGCAGAGGAACUUCAAUUAAGAAAAUGCUUCCAUAAGAUCUGGUUAUAGACAGGCAUGUAAGGCACUUUCUUAAUUAGUGAUUUAUGAAGCAGAGCACAGCCUAUGGUGGGUGUUGCCAUCCCUGGGCUGGUGAUCCCGGUUUCUAUAAGAAAGCAAGCUGAGCAACCCAUAGGAAGCACUCCUCCAUGGCCUUUACAUCAGUUCCUGCCUCCAAGUUCCUACCAUGUUUAAGUUCCUGUCCUGACUUCCUUCAAUGAUGAUCAGUGAUAUGGAAAUGUAAGCCACAUAAACCCUUUCCUCCUAAACUUGCAUUUGGAUAUGGUAUUUCAUGACAAUAGAAACCCUAACUAGGAUAUAGUACUUAAAUUCUAGAAGUUUCCAUUGUGUCCAGUUAAGAAAGGCUCUAGACAAAUUAAACAGUAGAUUGUCUACUGGGAAAAUAGUUGUGGUAGUAAUAUCUGUCACAUAUUAAUAUUCUAAUACAUAGCAUGAUUUGGAUGCACUUUGCAUGCAAUAUAAACAUCCCAAUAAAUCUACUUCACAGCUGAAGAGCCUGAAGUUCUUUAUAACUUUUCCAGAACUGUAUAGCUUAUAAGUGACAUCGUUGGAAUGAAAUCAUUGUUAUUGUAGGUAGAAUCAUGCCAGUUACAAAAUUCCUACGUAAAAAUCCGUACCUCCAGUACUUGAGAAUGUACCUAUAUAUGAACAGUGAGUUGAUGUAAAAUGUAAAAUACAGUCAUUGGUGUGGCCCUUAAUCCAGUAUGCCUUAGUUUCUUUUAACAGAGAACACACACACACACACACACACACACACACACACACACACACACACGUAGUAAGAAUUUUAAAGAUUUCUUUUUUUAAAAAAAAACACAAAAAUGGACACCUGCUGACCGCAGCCGCCCCAGAUUUGGAAUUCUACACUAAAGUCAUCAUGGGCAUUUUCCAGAGAUUGAUGAAAAAUAAGGAACUCAUUCCUUUGGCGUUUUUUAUAAGCGUGGCUGCCACUGGAGCCUCACCUUUCGCUUUGUAUGCUUUGAAAAAAACUGACGUGGUUAUUAAUCGAAAAAGAAACCCAGAACCUUGGGAAAUGGUGGAUCUUACUCAACCCCAAAAGCUUAUAACCAUCAACCAGCAAUGGAAGCCCAUUGAGUUGCUGCAGAAAGUCCGGAGAGCAACCAGAUGAUUACUUGCUACUCCUUUCUUCCAAAGAACACUCUAUGAAUCUAGUGGAAACACUUCUGCACAAACUCGAUUUUGAUGCCAGUGUGCAGAAAUGCUUCUGCUACAUUUUUAGGGUUUGCCUGCAUUCUUUGGAUCCUGCAUAAGCAAGUGAAGGUAGCACAUAGUCUAAAAUGGUUUUUCGUGUUUAUUGGUGUAAAUUUCAAUUUUUUUUAUUCUUUUUUUCGGAGCUCGGGACCGAA